AUGGACCCCAACGACAUCGCCAAAGCCUUUCGUGCCCUACACCAACCGGGCAAGCCCAUCCUCUUAACUAACGUCUAUGACGCAGCGACAGCGUCCAUAAUCGCCUCACUACCCACCGCCCCAGCCAUUGCAACAGCAUCCUACGCCAUUGCCGCCUCGAUCGGCGUGGCCGAUAACGCGCUCACCAAAACACAAAACCUGACCGCCAUAGCCGCGAUCGCAUCCGCCAUCCGCGCUACGAACCCGGUGAAACCGCUAACUGUCGAUCUACAAGAUGGUUACGGUGAUACCGCCGAGCUGGCCGAUACCAUCAGACAGGUUAUCGCGCAAGGUGCUGUAAGGUGUAAUAUUGAAGAUACGGACGCGACGGGCGCGCUGCGGUCGGUGGAUGAGGCUGUUGAGCGGGUGAGGACGGUGGUGCGUACGGCGGCGGAGGCAGGAGUUCCUGAUUUCGUGGUCAAUGCUCGGACGGAUGUGUUGGCCAGCGGGGCGGUGGAUCAGGCCAUUGAGCGUGGGAAGGCGUUCUUGGGGGCUGGGGCCUGUACGGUUUUUGUUUGGGGACCUGGUGGAAGGGGAGUUUCGGACGACGAGGUGAAGAAGUUGGUGGCUGCUUUAGGUGGGAUGGUUAAUGUCAAGAUGAAUCUGAAGGAGGGAUUCCUCGGUGUGCAGGACAUUAGGAAUUUGGGCGUUGCGAGGAUCAGCGUUGGGCCGGGGCUGUGGAGAACUGCGAUGGAGGCUUUUACUGACAAGGCCAAGAGCUUAUUGGCUUUGUGA